AUGUUAUCAAAAAAGAGUCUAAUUUCUUUAAUGGGAUACGUUCCUGCAUUGGUUGUUUAGUAUUUUGCAUAGCAUGAAUAGUAUAAAAUAUCUGAUUGUUGAGAAUUAAGGAAUUACCUGCAAAAUAAUCAUUUUAAAGUGUUGUAAUGUUCACAGAUGUUUCAGGAUUUACGAAUUUGACAGAGAGUCUUUCAAAAAUAGGAAAUGAAGGCCCAGAAUUAACAGCCUUUGUAAUAAAUAGAUAUAUGGAAUUAUUGGUAAAGGCAAUAAGUUAAAGUGGUGGUGAUAUCUUAAAAUUUGCAGGAGGUAAAUUAUAUAUUAAUUCUAGAUGCCAUGAUAGUUGUAUGGCCUCCUUCUUACAAAACGAAUAUUGUACAAAUUCAUGAAGAGUUACGUUUGACUUGCAGAAUGGCACUUCAAAAUGCAUUAGAUAUUUAAAACAAAUUAAAUGAUACAUGCAUAUUGCCAGAUUUAAAGUUAUCAGUAAAAAUAGGAUUUGGAAUUGGAGAUAUAAACAUUAUAUAUGUAGGAGGAGUAUAUAAUCGAUCUGAGUAUUUAGCUACAGGGGAACCAUUAAUGUAAGCAUUUUAAAGUGAACAUUGUGCAAAGAAAGGAGGAGAAACAAUAGUUUCUAAGGAAGUAUAUGAAUUUGUUAAGGAUUAUUUUACAUUUGAAGCAAUUAAUCAUGAAAAUAAGUAAUUUUAUUUAGUAAAGAAAUUGAAUGCAUACAGCAAAGUUAAAUUAAAAGCUGAGGCAACUUUAAUUAAAAACUCUAUAAUUUUAAAUCCUAAGAUUUAGUAACAAUUAACAAUGUUUGUUCCUGCUGCACUUAAACCAUAUUUAGAAAUAGGAUUAGAAAGAUGGGGAAGUGAAUUAAGAAGAGUAACUACAAUGUUUAUAAAUUUGGGAAUAGAUUUGUCAGAUGCAAAAACAGAUUCAGGUUUAUAGAGAAUCUAAAAUGUAAUAAAGACAGUUUAAUAUUGUGUAUAUACAUUUGAAGGUUCUUUAAAUAAAUUAUUAAUGGAUGAUAAAGGUUCAACAUGUAUAGCUGUAUUUGGAUUACCUCCUGUUAGUCAUUAAAAUGAUCCAGUGAGAUCAAUUUAAUCAGCAUUUCUUUUAGAAUCUGAAUUAAAAAAAAUAAAAUGUAAAGUUGCAAUAGGAAUUUCAACUGGAGUUGCAUAUUGUGGAGUAGUUGGUACAUCUGGUAGUAGAAGAGAAUAUUCAGUCUUGGGAGAUUGUGUAAAUUUAGCUGCUAGAUUAAUGUAAAUAGCAACAUAACCAUUUUCACCUUGUAUUUUAAUUGAUUAAAUUACUGCAAGUGAUGCUUAGACUAAGAUUUAAUCUAUUUUUUGGAGUGAACGUAAAGUUAAAGGAAAAGAAAAAGGAGUGUUCAUUUAUGAACCAUUAGCUUUGUAAGAGGAUUUUAAGAAAAUCAAAGAUAUUAAUACUCAUCUUGAAUUUAGAAUGAUGAAUACUCAAUCUAUGGUUAGUUUAAGUCAUUUUAAUUCUUUAUACUCUUCGAAAUCAUUACAAUUUCACAAUAAUUUAUCAUCCAUUAUUGUGUUUGAUAAAUAUCAUAGUCAUUGUAGAGAAUAUGAUGAAGAACUUUAACCAGUUGGUCGAAAAAAAGAAAUUAAUUUAAUGCAAAAUUAUAUAUAAAAUUUUUUAGAUGAAUUUAAAUCUAAUAAAUAUGUUUAAAAUAGAUUUAUAUUAAUUAAUGGAGAAUUCGGUAUAGGUAAAUCAUUUUUAGCAAAAACAGUACUCAAAAAUAUUGAGACCUUAUAAAAUAAAGAAACCUUAUUAGAGAUUUUGAUAUCUUAAUUAAAUCCUUCUAGUCGAUCUAAAAUAUUAAAUUCAAUUAAAAUUAUUUUAAGAAAUAUUUUCCUUUCUUAUGCAUAAAAAGUGAAUAAGAAUGCAAAUAUUGAUUUAAUAUAAUCUAUUUAUGAAUGUGAUCCUCAUGUUGCAAAUCUAAUAAGUUAAGUUUUGAGUCUUACUGUCAAUGAUAUCAAGGCUAAUACAAUUAGAGAAGAUUUAACUUUAGCAAAAUCAAUUAAAAAAUUUGUUUAUAAACUAAUUAGCUUAUAUUUAGAAUAAGAAUAAAUCCAAAAUGAAAUAGAAAAUAAGGAUCAAGUAUAAGAGUACUAUUCUUAAGCUCUUAUUAUUAUGAUAGAUGAUUUGCAAGAUACUGAUGAUGGAUCAUUAUAUCUAUUAAAAUCUAUACUUAAAAAUUUUAAAAAUAUAUUAGUGUUAGGUUGUUUUAGGAAUAAAUUUAAGGAAUUUUCCUUUUUUGAAAACAAUUAUUCUGAAUGUUAAUCUGAAUUUCUAAAUAAAAUUAUUAAGUAGCAAAAAAAUAAUCUUAUUUUAAAUUUAAAAGGUUUAAAAAUGACAGAUUAAUUAUAAGAUUUAUUUGAAAAAUAUUUUAAGAUAAAAUCAUUUGUUUGUAUGGAAGAAGAUUAAAAAAAUUUAGAAUAAACCAUGUUUGCAAGAAAAAAAAGAACAUCAUCUAUAGAUGAUAUAUAUGAAAUGGUAGAAUUAUUAAAAAAAAUAAGAGAUCCAUUAAUGUUUUGGGAGUCAAAGCCUGAAUUAGAAGAGAUGGAUUUUAAUUCACUUUGUAUAAACUAUCUUUAUGUAAUAACUAGUGGACAUCCAUUAAAAUUGAUUUAUUUAAUGAAACAUUUAUUGGAGAAUCAUUAUAUAAUUCUUGAUGAACAAAGAAAUUUAGGAAUGGCUUCUAAAAAAUUUCGCACUUUAAUUAAACAUGAAGAAUGGUUAGGCAUUGAUGUACCAUUAAUGGCUGUUUAAAUUAAUGGUCCUUAUAUAGAUAAAUUAACUGCAAUUCAACAAUUAAUUUUGAAGUAAGCUUGUGUAAUAGGAGAUAUUUUUGAUAUUUAAACAUUAAGUUAUGUAAAUCCUUUCAAAGAUUAUAUAAAGUAAAAACUUUUGAUUAAUGAAUUAAAUUCACUUUAUGAAUAAGGUUUAUUAGAUAUAAUGAAUAUGGAAGUUGAAAAUAUUUAUUAUAGAUUUUAACACUCAUUUUUUAGAGAAACUAUUUAUUAAAGAAUGACUUAUGCCUAAAGAAGAUAAGCUCAUAAAAAUGUAGCAUUGGCACUUUAGAAAAUUCCUCAACCAUUUGACUAUCAUAAUAAUAAAGAAUAUUAAAGAAUGCAAUACCAUUGGACUUAAGCUUAAAAUAGAAAUUCAGUAAUUGUUGAUGAAGGCACAUUAUUGCCAAAAUUGACACUUUUCGAAAAAAAAUAAUUAAUAAUAAAAAAGAUUAAAUAAUUAUUGGAUUCAAAUAGAAGAAAUGUCUUACUUAAAUCUGGAUAUAUUAAUAAAAGAUCUGAGAAAGGUUUAUAAUGGAAUUGGAGAUUUUGUGUUAUUUCAAGUGAAUAUUUAAUGUAAUUUAAUUUAUUAUAAAUUAGUGUUUCCUAAGAGGAUGAUAAUCCAGAUCAUAUAUUGACUAUAUAUUUAAAACACAUCUAAUUAAUAGAGAGAGAAUUUAACUCAUAAUAUUUUACUUUGACAAUAACUACUUCGUAAUGGAGUAGAGGGAAUUAAGUUUUUGAGAAUUAUAGAAAAGUUUAAUUUGCUCUAGAAACAGAAGAUGAUAUGAAUGAGUGGGUUACUUAUUUAGAAUUUGCAAAAGCUUAUGCUAUUUAUAUGGAUUUUGUAAAUAAUUUUGGAAAAAUUUCAUUUCCAUUGUCAUCAAAUGAAUAUGAUUUUUAAUUAAAAACAGAAUUAUAACAUGAUAAUAGAAGAACUGCUAGAUUGGGAUUAAUAGAUUCUAAUAUUGGAUCUGAAAAAAUCUAAGUUAGACAUACUAAAGCAUCUACAAGCAGACCUACAAUGCAAAAAAAGCACAAACCUAGAAAAUCAAGUUUAUUUGCUGAUGGAUAUAGAGGAAGUACAUCAAGUUCUUAAUAGAAUACUUCAUUAUGUAAACUAUUUUAUAUUCUCUUUAGAAUAAUAAAAAGGGUAUGAUUAAUCAGAAUUAGUAUUAAAUAUUAAGACUUUGUUAUUAAAUGCUUAGUUGCAAUUAUUAGCUCUAAUUGUUAAUAAAGCAACUAAUUAAAAAUAAAUUAUACUUGGUUAAAAACUUAUUUGA